CCGAGCGCCGCGACAUCCGAGCGGGAGCUGGAGCCCGAGCGGGACCCGAGCUGGAGCCGAAGCUGGAGCCGGCACUGCGGCGCACGGAGCGGAGCGCGGCAGCCAAGCCGAGUGAGUGGAGGGGCUGUCCCCUUAAGAAGUCAGAGCUGUGCUCGUGGGCAGGCUGGCUCCGCUGUUCUGCUCCAAGGAUUACAUGUCCUUCAAACGCCCUUGCCCCUUAGCACGGUACAACCGCACCAGCUACUUCUACCCCACCACAUUUUCCGAGAGCUCUGAGCACAGCCACCUGCUGGUGUCUCCGGUGCUAGUGGCAAGUGCUGUCAUAGGUGUGGUCAUCACCCUCUCCUGCAUCACCAUCAUUGUGGGAAGCAUCAGAAGGGACAGACAAGCCCGCAUCCAGCGACACCACCAUCGCCACCGCCGCCACCAUCACCACCACCGCCACCGCCGGCGCCGACACCGAGAAUGCGAACAGGGCCAAGCAUCUGACGGACAUAUGCACAGCCACUCCAGUCAUAGGAUGUCCUAUGCCUGUAGCCCUGCUGAGGACUGGCCCCCGCCCUUGGACAUCAGCUCUGAUGGGGAUGUGGAUGUCACAGUGCUCAGGGAGCUGUACCCAGAUUCUCCACCAGGCUAUGAGGAGUGUGUGGGACCAGGGGCCACUCAGCUGUACGUCCCCACGGAUGCACCACCACCCUACUCGCUGACUGACUCCUGCCUCAUGCUGAAUGGUGCCCUCAACUCAGGCAGCGGCCACGGCCACAGCCAACAUCAGCAGGAGCAGAGGACCCAGGGCCAGAGUGGCCUCCACGCUGUCUCCAUGGACACGCUGCCACCUUAUGAAGCUGUGUGUGGCGCAGGCUCCCCAUCUGACCUGCUGCCACUGCCAGGACCAGAACCACGGCCACCUAACUCCCGGGGCUCACCCACCCCAACCCAGGCUCCGACUGCCAGCCCUGAGAGGAUUGUGUGAGUGACCCAGCCCAUAAGUCCUACUGGUCCUUCUAGGCUACCCUAUCUCCUCCAGACACACAGGUGCGCACAACUCAUGCACAUGCAUAUAUAUGAGAACACACAAACACUGGCAUCCCCCAAAUGCACACACUGACACAAGCCGCACACAUAUAGACACCUGUACAUACACAGGUCCCACUCCCACAAAAACUCGCCUGGAAGGUUUUCUUUAGAUGAAGUGUCUCCAUCUGGUGCCUCUUCCCCCAAAGCCUUGCACCUGGUGGUAGUACCUCUCUGAACAGUGCUGGGCAGAGGUGAGGUAGGAAUCCCUACUUUCUUCCCUCUCCCCCAGCCUCCUCUAGACUGUGGCCACGAUCUGAUUCUCCUGCAGAAACUGCUUGGCCCACUUCUUGCCACAAGCCCUACCCUAGGGCUUGUCCCACUGGGAGCUGAGACAGGUCCCAGUGAGGUCCCCCUGUGCACUGUGCCUAUCUUUCCACUCCAGGUCAGAAGAGCCACAAUGUCAUCACCCUGCCACUUACAGGGUGGAGAAACCGGUCUGGUGGCCUAGGCAUGACCUGGAGGUCCUCAGAGCCCACCGAGCCCCUUGCUGUUUCAAUGUCCUCAGUUUGGCGGUGCUAGUGGGGUUAGCUCAGACACCCACCCCAAGUGACAGGGGGAGGACAGGCCCUUGGGCAUGUGUCAUGGAGGAGGGUCACAGUUCUUCCCAUGUCCAUGCCAGGAUUGGGAGUUCAAGGAAGACAAGGUAUGGGUAGCCUCAACACAGGGCUACCUAGACACUCCUCAGAGGCACAGAAGGGCCCGCUGCUCAGUAAGUGCCCAGCCAGCCCUGCUAGUCUCAGUCCAAGAGAUCUCAAGCUAACCCAAGAGCCAGUGCUGUUAUUCAGGGUGGCAACUCACAGCUGGGGACUGAGGUGACGAAUUCUGGCCUUGUCUCUCUGGGACAUACGCAGAGACAAAAAAUAAAAAGAAUAUGGACCCCACAAAAAACACCAUGCCACUAUGAGAAGACUAGUGUCUGCGGCCAACAUCCUGUCACAGAAGCAGGCAUGUGGGGACAGCAGGCUGGAGAAAGGCUCAGAUACUGGCCUGUAAACUCCAGCAAUCUCCAUCAAAGACUGUAUAAGGUGACAGAGGUGAUCUUUGAAGAGCCAGCUUGCCAAAGGUGGUGGCUAAGCAUCUCUGAGGAGAGCCCUGCCAGCACUGCCACUGACAGGGAGCAAGACACCCUGCCUCCCCCACUCCCCACCUUUUGUCACUCAUCCCAAAGCAGCAGACCCACCCCCACUGAUCCGCCUCCCACAUUUCAACUUCUCCAAUGAAGGGCUAAGACAAUUCAGCACUCCCUUUCUUAAGCAGAGGGGUGGCAAGGACGGCUAUCUUGAAUUUUAUUUUCUAUAGAAAUCGCAUUUAUUCUGACGCAGAGUGGAAAGGAAUCCACCCACGAGUUCUGUAGCAUCCUGCAAGCGGCAUCCUAGAGUCACAGUCUCUCCACCUGGGGGAGGGAACCUUGUUUACAAGCAGUUCUGCCCACCUUUGUGGUGUUCUGCUUUCUAGGCAAAAAUAUGUCUGUUGUACUGUAUAGCCUUUCAAAUGCACCCCAGGGAUGAAAGUCUUUCAAGAAAUGCAGUCUGUUUCUGUGGCUCUGGAACGUGCCGGGGGAAGAAAAACCAUCCCUGCCUACUCAUCAUGUUGGAGGGAUCUACAGAACAGCGGUUCUCCUUCCCAGAUGAGGCUGAAUAAGCAGCAAUGUAUCUUUUCUGUGUUCAAAAUAAAUACAUCCUAUCAACAAA